AAGAACAUCAGGAGAACAGCACAGCUCUUCAGUUACUGAUCAAGAUGAGAGGCUUACUGUUCCUGCUCAGCGCUCUGUUCCUGCUGGAGUCAACUAAGGGAGUGAAAUAUGAAGAGUUAAAUGAAGAUGACAGAAAAAUUGUUGACAAGGCAAUAGAACAAGGCAAUAAGGAUCAUGGAAAAGGCAAACACCUUGAUUAUUACACAAUUUUAAAAACAAGGGGGAAUGUACGUGAGGUGAUACUGAGACCCACCUCAUGUUACAAAACAACACCAAGUGUUCAUCGGAGAGAAUGUGAAAUCCACAAUAAACCACCUCUGGUUUCCUGUAUUCGUUGUAAUGGAAUCACGAAACCAUGUUUACUUUUUAAACAAAAGGAAAAGAAGGAAAAAAUGAUAAAUGAUUGUCCUUUGCCUGGGUCGGGAUGUCCAUUCUGCUGAAAAGGAGGAAAUGAGCAGCAACGUUUCGAUAUUGGGCCGACAUCGGCCAGACGUACAUGUGCUGUCUGGGAACUAACUGGAUGUCUUGGAUGCACCCGAGAUGUAAAAAGAAUCAAGAGCAUUCGCAACAGGACAUUUGAGAAUAUUUUAAAAAGUUAGUUUAAGUUACUAAGGGCCCUAUAAUAAAACCACCGCAAUGCGACGCAAGGCACAGCGCUAGUUUGCUAGUUUCAGUCCGGCGCCGUUCGUAUUUUCCCGUCCAGCACCACGUCGUUUUAUUUAACAAAUGCAUUUGCGCUCAUUUGUGUGCUUGUCUAAAAAAGAGGUGUGUUCAGGCGCAUUGCAAUGAUAUUUUAAGGAGCUGAAAAUAGACUGCGCCAAAGACCACCUCAAACCUGGUAUGAAGUCCGGCGCAUUGUUUUUUUUUCUUAGUUAUUUAAAGAGCGUGUUAAUAUAGGCGGGUCCAGAACGCGCAUACAUGCUGCUUACUGAACACAGGGACACACAGCAACACACAAACAUGCCAAAUAUAAAAAAUUAAAGGAUUGUUGGCUUAUAUAUAUAUAUAUAUAUAUAUAUAUAUAUAAACACAUACAGAGAUAGAGAGAGAGAGAGAGAGAGAGAGAGAGAGAGACGCGUCCUGUCUUUGCACUUAAAGGGAAUGGAAGAUGAGACUCUGAUUGGUUUAUUGCACGUUACGUCCAAAACACUCAUUAAGAGAAUAGGGACAACACGUUUAGACCAUGCGCGCGCCAACCGUUUUUCCAUCGUUAAAAUAGCAAAAGUGGAUUUGGACACGCCCUGAGUGGACCUGCGCCGUGCGCUUUACACUCUGCGUUUAGAUCGUUAAAAUAGGGCCCUUUGUGUGUUGCAAAGAUUUAUGCAUUUAUGCAUAUGGACAAGGCGACUAGACGUCUAUCGCAAUAUAAUAAUAACCAUAACAACUCAGAACGUAACAAGCUGAAGUAAUAAAAAUAAUUAAAAAAAAACUUGCUUUGGCAUUAACAGAGAGUAACUGUCAGUGUCAUUUUUUUUUUAUAGCGCAUGUGCUGUAUAAACGGUUGUAUUCUUUUUGUUGUGUGGAUUCUCUGUGAUUAGUAUGAGGUCCUUCUGGUCAUGAUUAAAGCAUAUCUAAAAGCA